CCUCUCCAGUUUUCCACAUGGCCACCUGGGCUUUUCCUGGCAGCCAUUUUGUUUGAGGCCUCAUUAACACAAAAUGGCAGCCUUUUCUCCCCAAAAAAUGGUUUGGCAUAAACCAGUUGGACCCAAGAUGAUGGCAAACCAUCAUUGCUGUGAGGAUGGAAGCAAAACAGGAUGGAGACCAUCAAAAUGGCCUCCGUGGGAUAAAAUCCUGCCUUCCAUGAGCAGCCCAGCCUUUGCGAUGAAGUGUUUGGGUGUUUCUUGGGUGAAACCUUCAGGCCCCAAAAACACACUUUUCCCCUCAGAAGUGAUGAAGAGCGGCUCUUAUCAUAAGCUUCCCAGCCGCCGCCAAAAGACAGGAGGAGAUAAGAGUUCACAGUUUCAAAGCUAGCAGCAAAAUAAACAAAAUGGGACACGUUUAGACUCCUUGGCUGCUCUUCUGUAAAAAUCAAAAUCAUAAAUUAACCAGUCAGGAUCUUCUAGUGAGGCUCUUCAGUGACCGGUGUCUACCCGCCUUGUCCUUCAUGGUACCCAUUUGGGGCAUAGGGAGUGCUGUCCUCAGAGGCAAAGAGUUGGAUUGCAUCUAUCCGAUAUCCUCAUCGGUGGCGACAAGAACGAGGUGCCACAGAUUGAAGUGAGAGCGGCCUUGCUGCCUUUUUCUCAGUGCGGCCCAAAAUGGAAGGCCGUGGGGAGAAAGGUGAUGAGGCCGAGGUUGUGAAGAUCACCUCCCAGCUGCUGAAGGCCAAGACUGGGGAGUUUGACCUGGAGUCCAUCUUGCUGCUGAAACUGCGCGGCCUGGGCAUCUGCGACCUGGGCUGCCUCGGGGAGUGCGCCAGCCUGGAGUGGCUGGACCUGUCGGGGAAUGCCAUCGCCCACCUGGGCCCGCUUUCCUCACUCAAAGCCUUGGCCAUCCUCAACAUCUCCUCCAACCGCGUGUCCAGCCUGGAGCCCUUGGCCGGUUGCGAACGCCUCCAGAGCCUCAACGCGGCAGGAAACCUCCUGGGCAGCCUCCAGCAGCUGCAGUGCCUGACGGGGCUGCGGCACCUGGAGAGCAUGCGCUUCGCCAAUCCCAUGGGCCGCCUCACCAACCCCUUCUGCGCCUCUGCCGGGUACCGCGUUGCCAUCGCCGAAAUGUUCCCCGGGGUGAAAGUCAUAGAUGGGGAGAGGGUCUCCGGGCGUGGGAGCGAGCUCUACCAGCUCUGCAAAGACCUGGACAACUCCCUCAAACGCUUCCACAGCCCCAGCCGGGCUGGCCUGGCCGAACUGACUGGCCACAGCAAGCCCUGGGUGGAGGAGGGCUACUGGGAUGUCCGGCCGGCCAGGAGGAGCUCCAUUGUGGAGGAGGCCUACAAGCAGUUCAAUGAGGCCCUCCAGGAAUGCCGGGAGCUGGGCAAGCGGGCCGACGACACCAUCUCCCAGGCCGAGAGGGCCCUCAACAUCCGCCCCGACGCCAGCUCCUACCUCUUCUGAACCCUUCCGGGCGUCCAGGCCAUCCUUCCCUGUCCCUGAUCAUUUUCCGAUAGAGUUUUGGAACUGUAAUGACUCCACUCCCAUCCUGUCCUAGCUCUAAACAACUACAAGGAAGGGUCCAAGCUUUGCCAGGGGACCCCCUCGCCUUUCCUCAUCACAGGCCAAAACUAUGUGGAAGUCUACUCCAAGUGGAUGGCUACCUCACCCAGCCAAACCCACAGAGGUCAGGAGCCUCAGCUCACCCCAGUGGCCUUUCCAGACAGAAGCACAUCUGGCGCUUGAGGGCUGCAUCAGUACAACAUUCAAGCUGUUGUCAAGAGACAAAACCAGCAUUUAAUGCCACGAUGGGUGUAGCCGCACUAUGGCAUUAUAUCAGUUUCAUACUUAAAUUGCCUUGGCUCCAUCGACUGGAAUCCUCUGUCGUUCUCUGAGAUACUCAGAAUUCUCUCCCAGAGAGCUCUAACGUUGUUUUGAAGGCAGUGGUUCCCAACCUUUGGUCCUUCAUUUGUUUUGGAGAUACCUUACAAGGCUACAAAUCCCAGGAUUCCACAAGGGAGCCGUGGCAGUUAAAGGGGAACCACAGCGCUAUCAUUGUGUACAACAUGGGUCCACCCCAUGUUCCCUGUUUGGAUUCCUGGGAAUGCUACUUCAUGGCCCUGGGGAUCUCAGACUUCCUCCUUGGUGUGUCUUUAAGCCGCUUUGGAAUCCAAGAAAGGACAUUCUGCUAAGUCAGGGACAUGAAGAGGGUUGUUCUGUUGUCGCUUGGCUUUCAUUGUGCAUGUCAGGGAGGGGAGAAUGGGGAAGGGGUUUGCCAGAUUAAAGAAGUUGGGAUAAGAGUACCCUGAGGUCUGUGCACUGCCUUGUUGCAUCUGUUCUGUACCGCUUUGACCGUCAUUAUUCCAUGCUGUGGGCUACUGGGAUUUGUAGUUUGCAAGACAACUUUGACUUCUCUAAUAGAGUUCUGUAGCUCAGAGGAAUUGCGAGAAUUCUGGGUCCCCAGCAAGCUGUGUAUCCCAGGAUUCUGCAUGAUGGAGCCAUGACUGCAAAGAAGCAUAAGACUGCUGCUGUAAGGGCGAAAGCUAUGAAAACAGACGGGCCGCAAGGACAGCGUCUCAAGCCUUAGUAAAGGCGGUGUAGGGAUGACCAAGGGGGCCUAGAAUCUGGAAUCUGUGGAGUGGGUGGGCUUGCGGUUGGGAAGGCUAUGUGCAUUUGUCUUGUGAAAUAAACCUGACGUUUCUC